ACUUUAGGUCAAAUACGUUGUGGACGGUAGUCUUGAAAAACUGUCCCAUAUAUUCACAUUGUCUGCUUAAUAGUCUUGUUUAAUACAUAUAUAUAUAUUCUUUUUGCAAGAUUUAUAAUAUUUCAUUGACUUUACCCUCUACUGAUUUUUCACUAAAUAAACAUCCUAGUAACAAAGCGUCGAAGAUGUCUAUGAAAGAGUUAGUUGAUCGAGAUUGCGGUGGAGCAAAUCCACUAAUGAAGUUAACCUCUCAUUUUACACAAGAUUUAGCCAGAAAAGAAGAUUUACGAGGGGCAAGAGGCGCUACAGCAUUUGUACCAAAGCCCUUUGGCCAAGCUCAUGAAGAAGAGCUGGUCACAGAAUUUCUUCACAAUGAACGGGGUAGUCAUCCAAUGGCACCUGGUACAUUUCACAUGGGAGAGUUAAUGCGUCAAGUUCAAAAUCUUGAUCACCCUAAACAUUUUAAUCAACCUGUUCAAUCAUCUCAAUGGGUUGAUGAUUAUCUGAGCUCUCGACCAAAGUCUUCUAAUCAAGUUAUUAAUCCAGGUGCAAACAUAAAUGCUAUACAACCUAUGCAUCAUGUAUCUCCUAUGCCUGCGUUUCAAAGUCACUCAAAUUGGGAAAAUGAAUAUAUCCAAACUGUAGGAUUAGACGAUGAAAAAAUAGAGAGCUCUGAUCCCACCGAAUUGCAAAAAGCUGCCUUGGAUUUGGCUCAAGGAAUGAAAGAUGAAAGAUUCGAAUAUUCUGAAUUUAAAAAUUUUUUAGAGAAUAGGGUUGCAAAAGAAAGUGAAGCUGAUUUAUUAAAGGAAACUGAUUGGAAUAAAGAGUUUUUGAAAGGUCAGGAAAGAGAAAGUGAUACUUGGGCUAAAGAAUUCGAAAGUAGUCAAAAGGCCGCAAGAGAAAUGACUGAACCUGCUGAUGGCGCCGCCUACUGGGAUAAAUUAACAAAGGAGUGGGAUGAUCUAAUGAAGUCUGAAGAAGGAGAACAUCCUUGGUUAAACGAAUUUGAAAAUUUUGAGCCUGCUAAAUACAAUGAGUAUAAUUUUGAAGAAGAUAACCCCCUCUUAGAGCAUCCUGCUCCAUUUGAAGAGGGGUUGAAGCGACUAAAGGAAGGAGAUAUCUCUAAUGCUGUUCUGUUAUUCGAAGCAGCCGUUCAAAAAGAUUCAAAUCAUGUUGAAGCUUGGCAAUAUCUUGGUACAACAAUGGCUGAUAAUGAACAGGAAGUAGCUGCUAUAGCGGCUCUGAAGAAAUGUUUAGAAAUCCAACCUAACAAUUUAACAGCCCUACUAGCUCUAGCUGUUUCUUACACAAAUGAAUCUUUGCAAUCCAAGGCUUGUGAAGCUCUAGAAAGAUGGCUAUUUCACAAUGAAAAAUAUCGUGGUUUGGUGCCCGAGUUAGGAGAUCAUAGAGACGCCAGCAGCUAUGUUCCUUUAUCUAAGAGAGACAAGAUAAAAAAUUUAUACAUUCAGGCCGUUAGGCAAAAUUCAGCUCAAAUCGACCCCGACGUACAAAUAGGCUUAGGAAUUAUUUUUAAUUUGACUGGUGAAUAUGAUAAAGCUGUAGACUGUUUUCAAGCGGCUUUACAAAUUCGCGACGGAGAUGCUCUAUUAUGGAAUAAACUCGGAGCAACUCUGGCAAAUAGUGGGAAAUCUGAACAAUCAAUCGAAGCUUAUAGUAGAGCAUUGAAUUUGGCUCCAGGGUACGUUAGAACAAGAUUUAAUUUGGGAGUGGCCUGCAUAAACUUAUCAGCAUAUAAAGAGGCAGUUGAACACUUUCUAGCAGCAUUAAAUUUACAACAUAAUUCAAAAGGACCCAAAGGUGAAAGAACUGUAACAAGUGAAAAUAUUUGGACCACUUUGAGAUUGGCUGUUUCCUUGCAAGGGAGAAGUGAUAUGUAUGAAGCCUGUGAUCAAAGAAAAUUAGAUGUCUUAAAUAAGGAAUACGGAGUUAAAGAAUAA